UCCAUUAUAUUAUUCUUCCGCGUUUCGAUCCAUGGCAGUAAACAGAAAAUGGCGUCGCCAUCGCUCAUUGAAUAACCCACACAGUUCAUUGUUUAAUUAAGUUUUAAUGAUGAAGCCUGGACCAAGUAAAGAAAACAGAGAAAUAUCAUCAAUAGAAGCUGAGUUAUAUUUCCUCAUCGCCAGAUUCUUGUCUUCUGGACCCUGUUCCGAUGCCGCACAGGCACUUCGCAAAGAACUAGAAAAACACAAGCUUUUGCCAAAAAGAAUUGACUGGGAAGGCAGGGAACACGAAAGAAGUUUUGAAAAUUUGGUUGAAUUAUAUCGUCAUGUUACAUCUACCCAUUUGUUACACAUUUGUCAGAGACUUGGUCCAUUAUUAGACAAAGAUAUCAAACCAAGUGUAUGUGGUGUGCAGUCUUUACUAGGUUCUGGUAGCAACUCUUUAUUGAGGACAAAAGACGCCAUAUUAAAUCCAAGAUGGCCACCAGUUACUCAUGUUGUGAUGCAUCAUCAGAGACCACUUCUACCUCCAAACAAUCUUGUUAUCCCAAAUGUUGGCCAUGUAUUAAAAGGCAGAGAGAUGUCUGGACAUUCAAGAUUGGACCAUACCUUUUCAAAUCAUAUCUAUGUCAAAGUGGCACUGCAUGCCAGAAAAUUAGGCCACUUGGCGGCAGUUUAUUGUGUAGCAUUUGAUAGAACAGGAAAAUAUAUAUUUACUGGUGCUGAUGAUGCUUUAAUAAAAAUCUGGUAUGCUGAAAACAGUAGACUAUUAGCAACUCUAAGGGGACAUAAUUCUGAAAUAACUGACAUUGCUGUUAAUUAUGAAAAUACUUUAUUAGCAUCUGGUAGUUGUGAUAAAAUUAUUCGUGUUUGGUGCUUACGAACAAAAACUCCUUUGGCUGUUUUAAGUGCUCAUACGGGAAUGAUAACAUCUUUACAGUUUUGUCCACAGUCACAUGGUGAGAAUAGAAUAUUAAUGUCCACAGGAGGUGAUGGCUGUGUUUGUUUUUGGUUCUGGAAUGUUACAACUAACAAAUUUGAAUCAAAACCAGGAAAGUUUAUUGAAAAGUCUCGAGCUGGAGCUCAAAUGUUGUGUUCAUCAUUUAGUCCUGGUGGUGUAUUCCUUGCCACAGGGAGUUCUGAUCAUGUUGUUAGAGUUUAUUUUGUUCAUGGAAAAACUCCAGAGAAGAUUUGUGAAUUAGAGGCUCAUACAGAGAGGGUAGACAGUAUAUGCUAUUGUAAUACAGGAGAGAGAUUUGUCAGUGGGAGUUGUGAUGGCACAGCCAGAAUUUGGCGAUAUGAUAGGCAGGAAUGGAAGUCUAUUAUACUCAAUAUGGCAACUAAGUUACAACCUACCUCAGAAGAAGAUAAAAUUAAGUAUGGUGUAACCAUGGUAGCAUGGAAUGCAGAUGACAGAUAUGUUUUAACAGCCGUUACAGAUUGUACAUUAAAAGUUUGGGACUCUCGUUCUGGAAAAUUAUUACAUAUACUUAAGUACCAUGAAGAUGAAGUAUUUGUAUUGGAAUGUAGCCCAUGGGAUCCUAGAGUCAUCCUCAGUGCUGGUCACGAUGGUCAUGUGAUACUCUGGGAUAUUCAGAAAGGGGUUAAAAUCAAAAGUUUCUUUAAUAUGAUUGAAGGCCAAGGGCAUGGGUCUAUGUUUGACUGUAAGUUUAGUCCUGAUGGUUUAAGCUUUGCUGCUACAGAUUCUCAUGGUCAUAUGUUAAAUUUUGGAUUUGGUGGUAGUGAAAUACAUAAAAAGAUUCCUCAAGAAUUAUUUUUCCAUACAGACUAUAGACCCCUAAUGAGGGAUGCUAAUAAUUAUGUUCUGGAUGAGCAGACCCAACAACCCCCACAUCUGAUGCCUCCUCCCUUCCUCGUUGAUAUCGAUGGUAAUCCCUACCCUCCCAGAUUACAGAAACUAGUCCCAGGGAGGGAACAUAACAGGGACGAUCAGUUAAUUCCCCAGAUGGGAGUUAAUGAAGAAGGUGAACAGGAAGUAUUAGGAGAUGUAGAACCAGAGGCAGGAGGAGCUGGACCAUCAGGGCAUGCUCCAGGUGGACCACCAGGGCAAGCGCCAGCUGGACUGCCAGGGCAUGUUCUAGGAGGCUCUUCAGGGCACGCUCCAGGUGGACCAUCUGGACAGGCCAGUAUAGAUAGAAUGAUAAGAGAAUUACAGAGGCAGCAAGAUAAUAGGAUAAUACAGCAGGGAGGGGCACCAUUGGCUUCUCCCCCUCCUCCAGGGGCACAACUAAGAGUGAAUAGAUCAAAUUCUGUUGGGAACACUGGGCCAAGAGUUGGUAUCAGAAGAAGUGGGGAAACUGAAGGUGUAAGACAAUCACUAAGCAAUAUAGAACAGAGGGCUACACAGUCGGAAAUAGCAGCAUGGAGUCGUAGGAUAGUUGUUAGGGAACUGGAUCCUUCUUUGUUGUCGAAAAAUGAAGAAGAAAGAAGAGCCCACUCAGAAGCAGAAAUGAGGAAAUUCUUAGAAGAAAGGAAGAAAAAACCUAGUUUGCAUUAUCCCAGCACAGCCAGUACACCAAAGAAAGGUAAAGGGAAAAAGAAAGUGAUAGAAGAACCUGCUAGUCCAGCUCAACAAGAGAAUGAACAGACAGCUACCAAUAGACUAGUUACCAGAGCUUUGUAUGACACUGAAGAAGAGGAAGAAGAUGGAUCAGGGUCAGAUCUAUGGAAUAGCAGUAGUGAUGGUGAAUCAAGUGAAUAUUCUGAUUGGAUGGGAGACACGGGUAACAAUUUACAACCACCAAAGCGGACAUCUCAGCGGAAACGUAAACAGAGAAAGAUCAGUUCUUCUGAGACAGAAGAUAUAGAUAGUGAUUACUUACAUGAUGUUGCUAAGGAUGAAGCUAGGGACUCAACAUUCCAGGCUAAAGUUCCUCGUCCUCAGAGGAAAAAACCUGCACCAAAGAAGAAAGAACCUAAGCCCACAAAGAAAACGAUAAGGAGGCAAAAAAUCGUUAAAAAAAUGGGAGGUAUACAAGAACUGCCUGAAGAAUUCCGUCCAUCAGAAUGGCUAACUGAUACAAAACCUCGUAAAACCCCAUAUGUUCCUCAGAUGGGAGAUGAGGUUAUGUACUUUAGACAAGGUCAUGACCUCUACCUCCAGGCAGUAGUAAGGAAAAAUGCCUACAAGAUAGACCCAAACAAAAACCUACCAUGGCAUAAAAUGCCUAGUAUUAGGGAGCAAGAAUUAAUGAGAGUUGUUGGAAUAAAAUAUGAAGUCCGUCCACCCAGAAUGGUCUGCUUGAAGCUGGCAUUUAUUGAUCCAGCAACAGGGAAACCAACAGGAGGCUCAAUCUCAAUCAAAUAUCAUGACAUGCCUGAUGUGAUAGAUUUCUUAGUUCUAAGACAGAAUUAUGACAUUGCCAUGCAGAGAAAGUGGAAAACAGGUGACCGAUUUAGGUCAAUGAUUGAUGAUGCCUGGUGGAUGGGUUCUAUAAAGGAACAGUUUCCAUUCCAAGAAGAACACCCAGACAGCAUGUUUCAGUGUUUUCUUGUUCAUUGGGAUAAUGGAGAAACAGAAAAGAUAAGCCCAUGGGACAUGGAACCAAUAGCUGAUUGCACUGGCAGACCAGGACAUAGGGGUAUGCCUGAAGACCCAGGUGGGGGAGUUCCUGUUACUCAAGAUGAAAUAAUAUCUCUCAUGUAUACGCCCUCUGCAGGAGAGUGGCCAUCAUGCUUUAGAGACCAGGAAUGUGACAGAAUUAUACGAGGAAUGGAAAUGAUAAUGGAACAUUCCGUGGCAGAACCCUUUUUAACACCUGUUGAUCUCAAUGUAUUUCCCAUCUAUGGAAUAAUUAUUGAAUAUCCUAUGGAUUUAACUACAAUCAAAUCUAGAUUAGAAAAUAGAUUUUAUAGGAGAGUCAACGCCCUCCAGUUUGAUGUACGUUACAUAGAGACUAAUGCUGUUACGUUUAAUGAAGCUGGUACUCCUAUUGUUAAAAGUGCUAAAAUUUUAACGGAAGCUUUACUUAGAUUUAUUAAUGAUACUGAUUGUUGUGAUCCAAUGUCAAUAGUUAGUAACUUAACUCAUGGAAUGGAAUUUAACUGGGGAUCGUCUGAUUCUGAUUCUGACACAGAGGAUACAGCAGAUACUAGGAAAAGGAAGCGGUCUGAUGAUGAGUUGCCAGAGACUAAGAAAAGAAAAAAAACUGGUAUCACAGACCCUAAUGCUUGGAAAUCUCAAUGUCGUCAGUUACUGGAAACAAUGUUACGAUGUGAAGAUUCCGAACCAUUCAGGCGACCUGUUGGUCUUAAUGAACUUCCAGGUUACUUUGAUAUUGUUAUGAAUCCAAUGGAUUUAGUCUCAGUCAGACAGAAACUUCAGGAUGAUUAUUACGACAACCCACAGGACUUGUGUAAAGACUGUCGCCAGGUGUUUACAAACUCCAAGCUGUAUAAUACAAACAAAAGGGCAAGGAUCUACACAAUGACCUUGAGAUUGUCUGCCAUGUUUGAGGAACAGAUCAGGGAUAUAAUAAGUGGUUGGAAGACUGCAGUAAAGAGAAGUCAGAAAUCUCCAGCACCGAGAGGUUUCUCUCCAAGAAUCAAACCAUCUACCUCAUACUCAACAAGAGCUGGUACAUCACGUGAUACAAAAGUGUCAGUACCUGGACCUUCAAGAUCUACCUCAGCCCUCCGUAAUGGCAGAAGAUCACGAUUUGUUAGUAGUACUACUGAAUUUGAAGUAGAUGUCACAGGCCCAAGUUCUUCCCGGAGUGUAAGAGUAGCAACAAGAGCAGCUCCUAGUCCUGCAAAAAAACCAGUUGUGGAAUCUAAUCAUUAUGAUUCUGAAACAGAACUAGAAACCACAGAUGAGGAGGAACAGGUCAAGGUCAGCAAGAGGCCACAGAGGACAGCAGGAAAUAAAUCUCCAGCAAAACCAUCACUAACAAAUGGUGGAUCAUCCAAAUCAUACACAACUCGUGCAGCAACAGGAUCUAUCAAACUUCGUAGAUAUUGUGCCGAUGGAUCUUUUACAGACGAUGACAAAAAUCAGGAAAAUUCACAUUCAUCAUCAUCAUCUUCAGACUCUGAAUCUAAUUUAAAUGAAAAGUCUAGACCUCGCUCAUCAUCAUUGUCAUCUUCAUCCAGUCGUUGUUCUCAUGGUAACAGUUCAGGUUCUGACACUGAAUCACUAAGUGAUUACAAAACAGUGCAAUCAGCUCCUACAGUCAAAGUGCCAAAUCAUAGAAGAAAACCUAGAUUAAAAGCAAAUAUAGGCGGUGAAGAAGGAGCAGGACCAUCCGAUAGUCAGAGGAGACCUAAAAGGAGUACUAAACAAAUAGACACUUAUGGCAAUGGCAGCGAGUUACCUGUUCGUAGUACGAGAAAUAAGGGUAAAAGGACAAUAAAAUAUACUCAGGAAAGUGAUUUGGAUGAGGAUCAAUCAGAAUCAGGAUCCGACUCGGAAGACUCUGAACCUUCAACACCUGUUGUCACUGUCAGUAGUCGGGGACGAUUACGGAAAAUGACACCAAGAGCCCGGGCAAAUUUAGCUUCAUAGUUGUUAGUUAUUUGUAGUUUAUUGUUAAUAUUUAAAAAAUUAUUUGCUCAAUUUCUGAUAUGUCUGCAAUGACUUUUAAAUUACCAUGGACAUUUAUUUCGUCACAUUAAAAUUUCUUUAUUAUUGUUUAUUCAGCCUUUAAAAAAUGAGUGAUAUUAAAUGGAUAAAGGAAUUAUAAAGAUUAAUAUAUUAAUAUUUUAUGCUGUCAUUUAAUGACAGUACUAAAUACAAGCUUUUAUAUUUUCUUUAGGAAGAUGGCUUAAUUUUCUAUACAUAUCAUAGUAACUGAUCAGUGCGUUUAUGACCUCCAAAAUGUGGAUUCUUAUAUCAUUGAUCAUUUUCAAAAGUGAAUUUCUAUUAAGUAAUCAGUUUCAUUUCAGCAUAAAAUCGUGAUAAUUAAGUGUCUGUGGUAAUUUAACUGCAUACACAUUGUAUUUUGUAUUCUUUUACAAUUUUUGAUCUCACUAGUAAGUUUUUUCCAGUGUUGUAAAAAAAGUAUAUGGAUGAUGAAUUGAAAACUAUGUGAGAGACAAAACUGAUAUUGUUAUUUUUUCUUGUUAUAAUUUUUUUUUGUGAUGAAAUAAGUGCUAUUGUUAGGUUUUGUACACAAGUCAAAUUUUGCUGGUCAAAGAUUAUUACAAAUUGUAUUUUACUAAUUUUUGGAUUGUUUUCAUGUAGGUUUUUUUUGUUCACAAUAUUCUUAUUAGAUAAUGAGGCCAAGUUCACUUCACAUGAUUACAUUUGAUUUUCACAAUUAUAGUAAUUCUGAAAAAUUGAUUGAUUGGUUAUACAACAGAUCUAUGUAGAUUUAUUUAUUCAUUGCCCAGGUUAUUAUUUGAUAAUAUGGCCUUGAAUUUCAACUUUAUCAUUAUAUAGCAAAAAGGCUAUUAAUUGGUUCUUAAAUGGAUCAAUUUCAAAGGCUUUAAUGCUAGAUAUUAAAACAAAAAUUAAAUGGUCAAUUUUAGCCUUUCGUGAACCUACUCUUUUAUGGUCUUUGAAUGUCCACCUACUGUGCAUUCUUCACAACAAAUGUAAUGUUAACAUGACAAAUUAUCAAUGUACAAUUAGUUUCAAUAGAUUUUAUCUGUAAUCAGUUUGUUUUGGUUGAUCUUAAAGUUGUGAGACAGUACUUAUAUUGUUUAUUAUAAUAAACUCCAGUUUCUGAAGUUGUAUAAUAAAGACAAUACUUAGUAAGCUGCUUACAUCUAUGUCAUUUAAAAUCUGGUAGAUAGUUGUCUCAUUGGCAAUCAUACCUCAUCUAAAAUUUUACAUGUUGAUUGUUUAUCAGAAUAAAUGCAAGUUUCUCGUAUAUUUGAAGUUCAUUUAGUAAUGACUAAAGGUUAAAAAGACUUCGACUGAAAAAUAUUUGAAUGGUAAAUUAGAAAAUGAUUGUAAAGAGAUUAGAAGGAAACCAGUGAGGUUAAUUGUUACUUUGCAUAGUUUCUAUUGUUAUGAAAAAAAACCAAUCCAAAACAAUUUUUUGUGAACAGUCGUGUGAGCCUAUGCUCCGUGAAGGCCAUACCUUGACCUAUAAUUGUUUACUUUUAUAAAUUGUAACUUGGAUGGAGAGUUGUCUCAUUGGCACUCAUACCACAUCUUCCUAUAUCUAUGUGAGAAAAAUUAAUAUAUAAAUGUAAUUUUUGUAUUUAAAACAUUGUUGAAAAUGAAUUUUAAUGUGAGAGAUUGAAUAUAUUUUUAUGUUACGACCUUAACUCAUAGAAAGGAAAAGUCAAUAUUGAAACAGACUGGCUUCAAAGAAUGUAACUGAUGUGUUAAAAUAAUCAUAUUUCAACCUUUCUGCCUGUAGAGAAGAACUUUAUAAAAGUAUAAAUUUAAAAAUUUUCCAUGUUAUACAAGGAAAUAUUGUGAUUUGUAUAUAUUAUUUUUCACCGGUGAAUAACCAUUACCUCGUCCUAGUCUGUAUUGGUUGUAUAUUUUGAUCUCUUGUACUUGUAUUUUUACCUUCUCAUUUAACUGAGUAGCCAAAGUAAAGGGGAAUAACUCUUUAAAUCUCUAAAGCAUUUGUAAUUGUCUGUUUCAUCAAUGCUUUUAAAGUAUUCAUGUGAAGCAGAAUUCAACUGUGUUACUUAGAAGUUUAGAAUUAAAAUAUGAAAAUGGUUGACACAAAUGUACCAGUGAUUUGUAAGAGUUAUUUCCCCUUAACCUAAGUAUCCCUCCUUAAGCCAUACCCAUGUACAUGAUGUAUAUCCUAUUGCCAUUUCUUGUAGUUUAUAGAAGUAAACAUUUAUUUUAAAGAAGUACUGAAUACAAGCAUUUGAUCAGUUAAAGAGGUCAAAAACUCAUCGUCAGUCAUAUUUUAUAUAUUAUGGCUUACUUAAUAUUGGUGUGAUACCAAUUUUCAUUGGUAAGAAAAAAUAACAAUACCACUAAUGUAGGUAUCUUGAAAAUUGCAAAAAAUAUCUCCAAAACAAUUGAAACAUUAGUAACUUAAUAUUAUGAAUCUUAUUCUUUUAAAGCUACUAAAGAAGAAGGAAAUGUUGAGUCAAUGUAAUUGAAACAACAACCAAAUAACUUUGCAUACAAUCUGUAAAAUGAAAAUAACACUUUAUAAUGUUAAUUUACUUCCUGGAUUUACCAUUAUAAAGAACACUCAAAUCAAAACAUUUGAAAACUGAAGAUGUAUAAAUACAUGAAAACGUAAGGAGCUAAGUUGAUUUCCUAUUUGCAAAGUUUCCAACUGUGUGGGAAAGUCCUUAUUGCUACUAAUUUAUUACUAUUAAUAAUCAUGGAAAAAUUCCUAUAAUUCUGUAAUGUUUGCCUUUAUCACAAGAUAACAGCCAUUUGUACUUUUUAUAUUAAAACAUGAAACAUACUUCACUUUGGAUCUUAUUCAUUUAAUUGUUUUUUGCAAGACAAUGGUUAAGGUGAUAUUGUUGCACAUGCUUCAUGCAUAGUUGCACCACUUACAGGCUAUUUACAGCAUAAAAUUCCCUAAUUGAUUUUCUUGCAACUAUAGAAAUCAGUUUAAACUAUCAAGAUCUAUUAUUCAAAUUUAUUAUAUAUUGAAAUCAGUUUUGAUCUUAUAAAAUAGCUUGAUUCAGGUGAGUUUACCUUAUAUUUACCUGAAUUCUAAAGAAAUCUGGUUUCAAUACCUUACAUUUUUUGUCUGUUUUACUGGUGGUGACAACAGCAUUAACAAUUUGCAAAUAACCUCAAUAUCCAUUCCCUAAUUUCAUCUAAAAUGACAAAAAAUUGUUUGGAGGUUGUUAAUGACCUAACACUGCUACAGUGAACAAGUUAAUUUUGAAGGAUUGAGAUCUGUUCCUCCAUACCUACAUGAAAGUGUGAUAAAUGAUUUGGUAUGUUGAUUUGUUGUGAGGACAUGUAUGUCCAUUUGCCAUAUGGCCUUGACCUUUUUUUCAUCAGGUCAUGUAAAUUUUUAGCAUGUAUCUUAGAAAUUGUAUAUGAUAGGUUGAAAAUAGGUUAAAUGUAAAAAACAUUACUUUUACAUUGACAUGAGCAGCUGACCAAUUUCUUUGACCAAAGUUAAAGAGAUCUUGACCUGACAAUUUAAUUUGUGAACUCAUGUUACAUAUAGCUUUUGAUAAAACUAAAUAACCAAUUGCAUGAACUAUGUCAAUACAUAUAUGGGUUUGCUGUGAUACACUGUAUUAGAAGUUUUAAGUUGGAAAGACACUACACUACGCAAACAACGAUCAAUCAUCAUUAAGUUGUAGAAAAUUUUGAAAAGAGAGUGUAGAAGUGUUAAAAAAAAGAUACUUUAAUUUAUUAACUAUCUGGGUUCAUAUUAUGUGUUCGUAUCAAGUUCUGUCUUACAUGGUCCAAGUGACUUAAAAUUAUACAAUGCAAAGAUAAAUAAAGAAUAUAAAAUUCUGAAUCUAUUUACUGUUUCCAUUCUUAUGUUAUCUCUCAUUGUAUUGCAUUUUUACAUAUUAAAGAGAAAGAGUAGUAACACAAAGAAAUUAAUCAAACUAAAGUCUUUAGAACUAGAUUUUUUUUUGUUGGAUUAAACAAUUGUUAGGUAUACACUAUUGGAUUUACUGGAGAGUGUUCAUGCCCUAUGUCUUGAGACAAGUGUUCAGUGUAGAAAAGGGACCUCGGUGGCUGAGUGGUCAAAGUAGUUCAUCUACUGUAUCACAAGUCUGUCAACACUGAUGUUGUGAGUUCAAAUACCGCACUAGCAGGUGCGUUCUACUCCAAUCUUAAUUGACUAGGAGUGUCAGUUUUCCUGCCAAAGGUCGGUGGUUCUCCCUGUGCACUCCGGCUUCCUUCACAAAUAAAAAACUGACUGACACAAUAUAGGAAAUAGUGCUGAAAAUGGAGUUAAACACCUGGACACAAUACAGCAAAUAGUGCUGAACGUGGAGUUAAACACCAGCAGCCAAUCAGUCGGUGUAGGCAGGCAUCCAGGGUAUGCAUGGUUUGGUUAACCUUUUAGAUGGGUUUUCAGACACUUGUAUAGUUUGACAACAAAAAAAUGGUUACAGAGAAUGUGGGUAGUGAAUUAUCAAAAUGUGUAUUUACAUGUAGGCUAAGGUAAAUGCAUUGCUUUGCAUGAUGAAUGACAUGAUUUCUGCCUGAAAAAAGCUUUGUUUUCAACAGCUAGAAACUUGGAAAAGCUAUUUGAAUAUUGUAAGUAAAAUUUUCCUUUUGCAAGAAAAAUGGUCGAUACAUGGUACAUUAUUUAUUAUAGUGUCAUUUAUUUAUUUUGUGUCAGUGAUCUUAGUUGCUAUAUUGAAAAUAAAGGUGACAUAAGAUCAUUUUUUUAUUUUGAAAGAUAAAUAUCGAUAAUUGUAGGUUUUGUUUACUGCAACAAAUAUAUCUAUAUCUCUUUUCACUCCACUCUACUUGUGAUGGCAUGUUCUGUAUAUUUUGUUUUAUAUAUGAAAGUCUAAAUUCUUCAUGAAAUGGAGAAUCUCAUUAGACAUUCAAAGUAAUAAAAUAAAAUGUGCACAAGUU